AUAUUGAAACAAUGAGUUACGCUUUAUUGCUUAACCAUAAUUUACAAGUGGAUAAAUUUUGACAGUUUUAUUUUUAAAAUGGUAAAUGUUUAUUGUUUAAUUGAUUAUGUAAACUUUAAUUAAUUGCAGGACAAGCUGGAAUCAAUCAACUUGGUGGAUUGUUUGUGAAUGGACGUCCUUUACCAUUACAUGUGCGACAACGGAUUAUUGAGCUUGCUUUAAUGGGUGUUAGGCCUUGUGAUAUUUCCAGACAGCUUUUGGUUUCACAUGGAUGUGUAUCUAAAAUAUUAACUCGUUUCUAUGAAACUGGAUCAAUUAAACCAGGUUCCAUCGGCGGGUCUAAGCCUAAGCAUGUUACUACACCACACAUUGUUAAAAAGAUAUUGAAACUGAAGCAAGAGAAUCCAGCUUUGUUUGCCUGGGAAAUUAGAGAUUUACUUCGUCGAGAGAUAUUACAAUCAAGAUCAAAUGAUAAUAGAUUUAAUCAAGGAUCGGAUAUUAAUCUUAGUGUUCCGUCUAUAUCAUCAAUAAAUCGUAUAUUAAGAACAGGUACAGAGAGUCGAGAGGUUGUAUUAUUUUCUAAUCAUGAAAGUACCAAUGGACUUAAAACCUUAAUGUCUUCCUCAAGCUCUACAUCACCACAAUCAUCAUCUUCAUCAACAUCAUCAUUAUCAACGAGUACAUUUAAUUGGAAAUUACCAGCUUCAAGCAAACUCGAUCCUAAUGGGACAGUGACGGGACCAACAUCAUCAUUAACUGCAAACAUAUCAACAUCUAGGAUUAUUAGCAAUAGCAUUUCAUCCGAGACUCAACAGCAAUCAAUAGAUUAUCAAAAGAUUGAUAGAGAAGAAGAAGCAAGAUUUGGAAUGAAUCGAAAGAUACUCAAUCAAGCAACAUGUGAACUAGGAAAUUGCAAUGUAAUUGUACCAAAAAAACGACGAAAGUAUACUUCUUAUAAUAUUGAAGAUAUUCUUCGAUCUGAUGAUCCUGAUGUUGAAGAAAUUGAUUAUUGUAAUGCAAAUCAAAUUGCGGAAUCGACAUUCCUAGGACCUGAUUUGAGUAAAAGUAACAUUUGGAAUGAUUAUCUUAGUCGGAAUCGGUUUUUUUCAGCCAAUAAUCCAACAAUCACAUCAAUGUUUAUCAACUCACCCAUUGUUUUCAAUAGUCAACAAAAUCAGUUUGAAACAAUUCCACAAAUAUCAUCAACUGGACACAAUUUGAUUAUAAACUAAUACUCACCCGUUUUAAAUCAAAAUCAUGGAAACUUCAAGUAUUGUUAAUAGAUUGACUUGGUUUGUUGACUGUUGAUCAGUCAUUAUUUUAUUUCAUCUAAUCUGUCUCAGGUAAAUAACUCUCAAUAUCAUCAUAGACUUGAUCAAAAUCCUGAUUUUAAAGUGAAUAGCUAUAGUAAUACAAAAUAGCUAAUUAAACUUGAAAAAAUAAGUCUUAAUUGUGAAAAGUCUUUAAUUGACAUAAUUCAACAGUGUUGAGCUUCAUUCGAUUGUUUAUAUCUCAAUUAGUGUCUUUAUGUAAUUAGUCUAGUCAUCUUCUAUUCAUUUGUAGUUAUUAUCUAUUGUAUUUACACCCAAACUCAUCAAUAAAUCAGUAAUUAAAAUUACUGUAUCAACUUGUAAUUUAACCGUUAAACCUGGUGAGAAUAAAAUCAAAACUUGAUAAUUAUAAUUGUACUCUCAACUUUGUGUGAAAUAAAAUCGGUCGCUAAAAAUUACCA